UUUAAUUAUAUUGAGAUACUAUAAGCACGAUGGAUUCAAUUAGCAAGAAGUUCAUCACCGAAAUGUUUUUGGACAGCGACAGUGUUACAUCUAUAAACAGGCUAGUGGUUGCUGUUGCGAAAGUAGUGAACGAAAACGUUGAAAACAUUUCAACUAUUAAUGAAAUAUUUCAAAAAGAAUAUGAUCAAGGACUGCUCCCCAACGAACAGAACCAGAAAAAGGCUCAACAUGGACUUUCGGUCUCACGCACAUCGAAGAACUUUUAUGAAGAAAGUGUUAUACAUUUUACUAAUGAUGACUAUGUGGAAAUGUUGAAAAUGAAAAAAACCACAGUGGAGGCUCUCAUCAACUUUUUGAAAGACUUAAUAAAAACUGGAAGCAUUGUGCCGUUAGAUAAAAAAGUUCAUGUCUUUCUUUGGCUGUUGAUCAACUCAUCAUCUUGCAGCGAAGUUGGUCUCCUGUUCAACCUGCAUAAAUCAACAGUGAAUGUGAUAUUCCAUGAAAUUGCUACACUGUUAACGGAGCAAAGAUAUAAUUUUAUCAGCUGGCCAUCAAUAGAAGAGCAGCAUCUCACAAGGGUGAAAGUUAAUAAUAGAUUCAAAUUUCCAAAUUGUGUGGGUUUCAUUGACGCUUGCAGAUUAAAGGUGUCGUCUAUAAGAAAUAAAAAAUCGAAACCUGAAAUAGUACUUCUUCAGGCAGUCUGCGACGAGUCACUCAUGUUUAUAGAUAUUCAUGUGGGUGAAAUUGGAAGAACAAGGAAAGGAAGAGUAUUUAAAGAAAGUAAACUUGCUCAGGAGCUGAAGAAUUUUGUUGAUUUUGAAAAUCACAUACUAGGUGACUCUCAGUAUAAGUUGAGGAAAAAUUUGAUUACACCUUUUUCAAGUGAAGAAUUACUGACCAGUGAAGAGAUGAAGUUCAACGAGGUGCACUGGAAAGCUCGCUCAUAUAUUGGUCAUGCGUUUGAGCUGCUUAAGGAGAGAUUUAGAAAGUUAAAUAAUAUUGACAUCAACAGGCCUGAAACUGUUAAAACACUGAUAUAUGCUUCAUGUGUGCUUCAUAACUUUAUUUUACUCCAUGAGGGGUGCCCAGAUUUGAAAGAAGAAGCAAUUGCUUGUAAUGAUGGUGUUGUUAUUGAUACAAAUAUUGUCACAAGUGCAGUUGAAAAGCGUCAGUUUCUAUGUAAUUAUAUUAAUUAUAUGGAAAGUACUUAAUC